CGGGAAGCACACGCGUCCUGGGAACCGGUUUUCAAUUCCACGCGUAAAAGGCCAAAUUGAGCCAAAUUUCUCGGGCGCACCAAUCAGGGAGGAGGUCACUAAUAUGCAAAGGAGGUGUUAUCACUCCGUCACGUCAGCAGCAGCAGCAGCAGCAGUAGAGCCGCUGCGCCGCGGUCGCCAGCAGGAGUACAACUAACAACACAGUCACAAGUUCGCCCUUAAAAAAAACAAAAAAAACAACAACAACACUGCGUACACACACGACGUCUGGAGUUUAACUUUGGUGUUCGCCGCAGGGACACAAUAGUGUGGACAUGCUGUAGCUCACAGUGAGGCUCAUUGGGACCAGCUUGGAUCCAGUGGAGUUCCAAAGGUUCCAGUUACCCUCUGGGCUCGGCCAUGGACUUCUUUAAUGACCCCAACCUCUUUGUCGGAGGAUUGGAUGGGCUGGACGAGGAUGGCUUCCCCCCGGCACCAUCGCUUGUGGAUGAGCUAAACCUCACUGCUGAUUUUGAGCCCCUCCAAGUUGAGCCUCUAGACCCAGUGAAGCACCAAGACAUGAUGCCACCAGUUACUACCCAACGAGCCAUGCCUUCUUACAGUCAGCAGAUGGGUCACUACAUUGGCAUUAAGGCACAGACUCCUAUGGUGCAGCCAUUUUCGGGUCCUGGGGCCGCAGGUGUUGGAGGUGGUGGCAUGAUUGCAGACCAGCAUGGCCAAUACCAUAAUGCCGCCAUGAGCCAAGUACCUCAAUCCAAUGGGCUGUUCUGUAACAGCAGCAGUCCAAUGUGGGGCAACCAAGACCAGAAUGGGAAUAUGUACCACCCCUUAUCUCAACAACAACAACAGCUUUGUCAUCAGCAACAACAGCAGCAACAACUGCACAACCAGCAACUGCAUGUCAGACAACAGCAAACACAGCAGCAACAACACCACCACCCGUGUCAACAACAACAACAACAACAACAACAACAGGAGCAGCAGCACAGAAUGCAGCAGCAGCUGCAGCAACAGCAAAGACAUCAGCAACAUCUGUUAAGCCAGCGGCAGCACCAACACAUUAACACACAGACUAUGCCCCUGCAGCAACAGCAGCAUCACAAUUUCUCCUUUCACCAGGGAGGGCAAUCUCAGAGCCAACAACAAGUUCACCAUACUCCGCAGCAGGUUCAGCACCAACUAUCUGAACCAAGGUUCCAUUCAAGGCCUUUGCCAAGUAAGGCUUAUUUGGAAAGUCAAACUGCUACACUGAGUGGGCCUUGCUUGCAGCCUCAGCCGGGUAGCUACCAGUUGUCAAGGGGAGGUCAAGCCUUUCCUGGAUCAGGAUCCGAAGACCCGAACCUGCCCUUCCCCAUGCAUUCGUCAUCUAUGGUUCACUCCCUGCCCACAUGCUCAGUCAGUGCUGCCACUGCUUACCAAGCUGCUCAGUACCCUGCCUAUCCUGGAGAGCCAGAAAUACCCAGUCUCAGUCAGCAGUCCACAGCCUCAGUGUCUAUGCCCAACACCACCACUGCACCCCUCACUUCUACUGUGCCCGAGCUCCCAGGGACAGUAUGUCAGUUUCCAUCAGCAGCAGUUGUGAGGAACCCGUCGAACCAGGCAGAUGAAUGUGCUUUCCGGGCCCUACGUCGCUCCCGAGAAACCCAGGGAAACAAGUCAUCUGAGAUGUUUGGGGAGUCAAUGAACUGCUUUCCCAGCAUGGCCAGCCGGCUGCCCUCUGAGCAGCCCCAGAGCUGCGGGGCGACAAACACUAAUGGAUACCAAGCCUUGGGUGAGAAUAUCCUGCCAUCAGAGGCUCAGGAUGGAGACUUGGAGGGCCUGGAGCCUCCUGAACUACUGCCGGACCUCCUGCCCCAGCUGGAGGCUGCUCUCAGCCAACAGGAUGAAUCCAACUGUUCCUGGGUCGAUUCCAGCCAGGCGAGGGGACAUGAGCACAGAAAACCACCACCUGUUGAGUACAAGCAAGAAAAGCCUCGAAAGAACGCUAAUGGUCCUGGCAGCCAGCAACGGGUCCUCAGUCCCCCAGUGAAGAGCAGCUCGUCGUCGUCCUCCUCGUCCUCGUCGUCCUCAUCCUCAUCCAGCUCCUCGUCGGAGAAGAGGACGCCACGGAGGACGCAUCUUCAGAUGGAGUCAGCUACACUGGACAAGCAGGAGAAGGCCAAUAGGAUAAUAUCAGAGGCUAUCGCUAAGGCCCGGCAGCGCGGGGAGAAGAACAUCCCCAGAGUUAUGAGUCCGGAGAGUUUCCCCAGCUCGUCCUCGCAGUACAGGCACCGUAAACGCGAGCACAAAGGAAACGGCAAGGCACGGCUCAAAGAGAAGGCCUGCAGGAAGGCCUGCAUCGUGCCCUCCUCCAAGCCCAAGCAGAAGGCAAAGAUCGGGAAAAUAGUCAUCAAGAUCGGGAAGAAGAAGAAGCGAAAGCCGGAGUCUUCAGAGGAGUCCGACGAUGACCCUCCCCCUCGACACGCUGCUAAAGAUGACGACUCCAAGAGGCGAUCCAAUCGCCAGGUGAAGAGAAAGAAAUACGCCGAAGAGCUGGAGGCCAAGAUAUCUGAUGAUGAGGUCAAGGUUAUUGUUAAAGCCAAGAAAGGCAACACUGCAGCAUCCAAACAGCCUUCUGUUCAACUCUUUGUAGAGAAUCCCAGUGAAGAGGAUGCUGCUGUCGUUGACAAAAUCAUGUCUUCUCGUAUCGUCAAGAAGGAGGUCUCUCCAGGGGUGGUGGUCGAAGGAGAGGAGUUUUUUGUAAAAUACAAAAACUACUCCUACCUACACUGUGAGUGGGCCACGGAGCAGCAGCUGGUGAAGGACAAGAGGAUUCAGCAGAAGAUCAAACGUUUCAAGAUGAAACAAGCACAGAGGGCACUCUUCUUUGCAGAUAUGGAAGAGGACCCUUUUAACCCGGACUAUGUAGAGGUAGACAGAGUGCUGGAGGUGUCGUAUUGUGAGGACAAAGACACUGGAGAGGAGGUGGUGUACUACCUGGUGAAGUGGUGCUCUCUGCCUUAUGAAGACAGCACCUGGGAGCUGAAGGACGACGUCGAUCAGACCAAGAUUGAAGAGUUUGAGCAGCUGCAGGCAGUCAAGUCAGACUCGCGCAGGAUGGACCGGCCCCCAGCCAAUCUGUGGAAGAAGAGGGAUCAGUCGAGGGAAUACAUGAAUGGCAACAGUCUCAGGGACUACCAGCUAGAAGGGGUCAACUGGCUCCUCUUCAACUGGUACAACAGACGGAACUGCAUCCUGGCAGACGAGAUGGGCCUCGGAAAGACCAUCCAGUCCAUCACAUUCCUAGAGGAGAUGUACCGUGUGGGCAUUAAAGGGCCAUUCCUCAUCAUUGCUCCGCUUUCCACUAUCGCUAACUGGGAGCGGGAGUUCCGUACCUGGACCCAUCUCAAUGUCAUCGUCUACCAUGGAAGCAUGGUCAGCAGGCAGAUGCUCCAGCAAUAUGAGAUGUAUUUCAGGGAUGCACAGGGCCGUGUGAUACGAGGUGCCUACAGGUUUCAGGCUCUUAUCACCACGUUUGAGAUGAUCCUGGGAGGCUGUCCCGAACUCAACGCCAUCGAGUGGCGCUGUGUUAUCAUCGAUGAGGCCCACCGCCUCAAGAACAAGAACUGCAAGCUGCUAGAGGGCUUCAAGCUCAUGAACCUGGAGCACAAGGUCCUGCUGACGGGUACUCCUCUCCAGAACACAGUGGAGGAGCUCUUUAGUCUGCUCCACUUCCUGGAGCCAACUCGCUUCCCUUCAGAACACACCUUCAUGCAGGAGUUUGGAGACCUCAAGACGGAGGAGCAGGUACAGAAGCUCCAGGCUAUCCUGAAGCCCAUGAUGCUGCGUCGGCUGAAGGAGGACGUGGAGAAGAAGUUGGCUCCUAAAGAAGAAACCAUCAUCGAGGUUGAGCUAACCAACAUUCAAAAGAAAUACUACCGCGCCAUCCUAGAGAGGAACUUCUCUUUCCUGGCUAAAGGAGCUGGCCAGGCAAAUAUGCCCAACCUGGUCAACACCAUGAUGGAACUGAGAAAGUGCUGCAACCACCCCUACCUCAUCAAAGGAGCAGAGGAGAAGAUCCUAGAGGACUUCAGGGAGGUGUAUAGCCCCACCGCAAUGGACUUUCACCUGCAAGCUAUGGUGCAGUCCGCCGGGAAGCUGGUGCUUAUUGACAAACUGCUGCCCAAGAUGAAGGCCGGAGGGCACCGGGUGCUUAUCUUCUCCCAGAUGGUGCGCUGCCUUGACAUCUUGGAAGACUACCUCAUUCAGAGAAGGUACUUGUAUGAGCGAAUAGACGGACGUGUUCGUGGAAACCUGCGGCAGGCAGCUAUCGACCGCUUCAGUAAGCCGGACUCGGAACGCUUUGUUUUCCUUCUGUGCACAAGAGCUGGUGGGCUGGGAAUCAAUCUCACAGCCGCAGACACCUGCAUCAUCUUUGACUCAGACUGGAACCCGCAGAACGACUUGCAGGCCCAGGCGCGCUGCCAUCGGAUCGGUCAGAACAAGGCAGUGAAGGUGUACCGUUUGAUCACCAGGAACUCGUACGAGCGAGAAAUGUUUGAUCGAGCCAGCCUCAAGCUGGGCCUGGACAAAGCAGUGUUGCAGAGCAUGAGUGGCCGAGAUAACAGCCUGGGUGGAGGUGCCGGGGGAGGGGCAGCGCAGCAGCAGCAGCUGUCUAAGAAGGAGAUUGAGGAUCUGCUGCGUCGUGGUGCUUACGGGGCCAUCAUGGAUGAGGAGGAUGAAGGGGCCAAAUUCUGUGAGGAAGAUAUCGAUCAGAUCCUCCAGCGCAGGACAAAGACCAUCACCAUCGAGUCUGAGGGACGAGGAUCCACUUUUGCUAAGGCCAGUUUUGUGGCGUCCGGAAACCGCACAGACAUCUCCCUGGAUGACCCAAACUUCUGGGACAAAUGGGCCCAAAAGGCUGACAUUGAUGCGGAUAUGGCAAACGGCAGAAACAGCUUGGUGAUCGACACUCCUCGUGUCAGAAAGCAGACAAGGCCGUUCAGUGCCACCAAGGACGAGUUGGCAGAGCUUUCAGAGGGCAACAGCGACAGUGACGACACCAAGCCCAAGCUCAGGCGAAACCACGACCGCCUCAACAACUAUGGACGCACAGAGUGCUUCAGAGUAGAGAAGAACCUACUUGUUUAUGGGUGGGGUCGUUGGAAGGAUAUUCUCAAUCAUGGGCGUUUUAAGAAGCAGCUGACAGAGAGGGAUGUGGAGUCCAUAUGCAGGGCUCUGCUGUCUUACUGCCUGGUCCAUUACCGUGGAGAUGACAAAAUCAAAAGCUUCAUGUGGGACCUGAUAGCCCCUACUGAGGACGGACAAACCAAGGAGCUGCAGAAUCACCUGGGUUUGUCCGCUCCAGUCCCUCGUGGCAGAAAGGGUAAGAAGAUGAAAACCCAGUCCAGCUCCUUUGACAUCCACAAAGCUGAGUGGCUCAGGAAACACAACCCAGAGCACAUGCUUCAGGACGACGGCUACAAGAAACACCUCAAACACCACUGCAACAAGGUGCUGCUCAGGGUCAGAAUGCUCUACUACCUGAAACAAGAGGUGAUAGGAAGCCAGGCCCAGAGCGUGCUAGACGGCGUGGACUCCAGUGAGAUAAAGAUCUGGGUGCCAGACCCUGACCAUUCGGAGCUGCCAGCCUUGUGGUGGGAUGCCAUCUGUGACAAGUGUCUGCUGCUGGGUGUCUAUAAGCAUGGUUAUGAGAAGUACAACACGCUCCGUGCAGACCCUACCCUGUGCUUCCUAGAGCGUGUGGGGCGACCGGAUGAGAAGGCCAUCGCUGCAGAACAGAGAGGCAACGAUUUCAUGGAUGGUGAUGUGGAUGACCCAGAGUACAAGCCUGCUCCAGCUCUGCUGAAGGACGAUAUGGAGGAUGACGCCUCUUCUCCUGGAGACUUGGUUGUCACUGACAACGCCGGAGACGCAGUUCCAGUGACGGGAGGUGGAUCUUCCUACUGGCCCUCACCCUCGGUGCUAACAGCCAGACUGAGGCGACUGAUCACAGCCUCUCAGCGCUACACCAAGAGCCGGCAGAUUCUCCAGAUCCACCAGGUCCACCAGACUCAAUCUCAGUCUCCGUCGACCAUGAUGAUAACUGCUCCACUCUGUCCGCUGCCGCCCUCAUUUAACGACACCCUCAACCCCAAGAUGGUAGCUAAGCUUGAACGGCAACAAAGAUGGACCAGGCGAGAAGAAGCUGACUUCUACCGCGUGGUCUCCACUUUUGGGGUUGUUUUCGACCCAAACCUCGGCCGGUUCGACUGGACCAAGUUCAGGGCCAUGGCUCGGCUGCACAAGAAGACUGACGAGAGCCUGCAGAAAUACCUGUGUGCUUUUACCGCCAUGUGCCGAAGGGUGUGUCGCCUGCCACCCAAAGAGGGAGACUCUGCGGUGGAUACGUCUCUGACCAUCCAGCCCAUCACGGAGGAGCGAGCGUCUCGUACACUGUACAGAGUAGAGUUGCUUCGCCAGGUGAGGGAACAGGUUCUGUGCCAUCAGUUAUUCUACGAGCGCCUGCCGUUGUGCCAGAUGAGCUCUGACUUGCCCGUCUGGUGGGAGACUGGUUCCCAUGACCGUGACCUGCUAGUGGGAGCUGCCAAACAUGGCGUCAGCCGCACAGAUUACCACAUUCUGAGAGACCCCGAGCUCAGCUUCAUGGCUGCACAACGCAACUACAGCCAAACAAAAACUGCACAGCAGCAAUCACGCACACCCACCCCACUCCUACACCCUCAGUGCCAGGCCACCAGCUCAGUGUUGACAGCUUCUCCGCUGCCUCCGCCUGCCCAGAGAGACAUGGAGCCCGUUGGGGUUGUACCCAAAGUGGAACCAGCCUCAGAGGGGGAGGAGGGCCGGGAGAAGCAGGGGGAGAGUUGGAGCCCUCCUCCAGCACCUGCUACUCCCACAGGUCUGGAGCCGUUGUCUGAAGCGAAUGAAAAAGAGAAGCUGAUGGUGGCGGCACGAACCAAACCGCUCACACCCAACUCCUCCGAGAGUAAACCUAAGAAGGCCAGCAAGAGGAGUCGCAGAGAGGCCAGGCACGGCUCAGAGUCCGACUCAGGUGGCUCCUCCUCAAGCUCUUCAUCGCGCUCCUCUUCCACCUCAUCAUCCUCCUCUUCUUCCUCGUCCCAUUCCGGGUCCAGCUCCUCCUCCUCUUCAUCAUCCUGCUCCUCUGGCUCUUCAUCAUCAUCGUCCUCCUCCUCAUCUUCUGAUGACAGUGAAAGUGAAGGAGAGGAAGGGAAGAAGAAAGAUCCUGCAGCAACAAGUGUGAAGGGCUUUGAUGAGGACAGUGUGGCGUCUCUGAGCACGACGCAGGACGAAACCCAAGACACGCAUGCAGCCGAGAACGGCAUCACCAACAACUCCUCACAUCCUUUCCAUGGAGGAGGAUACAUGCUCGCUGCAUCCUACUGGCCAAAGGAUCGCGUGAUCAUCAACCGCCUGGACAGCAUCUGCCAGGCGGUGCUAAAGGGCAAGUGGCCCGGAACACGUCGGGUCUACGAGCCUGGAGGUGCAGUGGCCUCCUUCUACACCACCAAGCUGCUGGACAACGCCAACAGCCUGUGCGAGGACCCCUCUGCCUCACCACAGGGGUCAAAGGUGACCAAGCAUGUUGCAGAAAACAAGGAGUUCUCAGUAAAACUCAACGAUCAGGAGGGAGGUCUGAAGUUGACCUUCCAGAAACAAGGUGUACCUCUGAAGAGGCCCCUGGAGUCGGAGGAGGGCCCCCAGGCCCAGCAGCAGUACCUGGCGCGGCUUCAUGAGCUGCAGAGCGCCUCGGACACAGGCCUGGCUGACAUCACCAAGCCUCAGUGCAGCUUCCAGACUGUGCCUCCAGGUCAUACUGGUCAGAUGAGGCUGAACGGUCAGCCAAUGGUGAAGAGGCGGAGGGGAAGGAGGAAGAACGUGGAGGGGAUGGACCUGCUCUUCAUGAACAGGGGCCGAGUCCCUCCUGUUCCUGAUCCGGUGCCUCCAGGAUGGGGCGGUAUUGGCCAGGUGGGCAUGGCUGUGGCCCCUGUGGCGGGCUUCAGCCAGAGCUCCAGUCAGGUCCCCUCGGACACCGACAGCAGGGUCCCUGUCAUCAACCUCAAAGAUGGCACCCGGCUUGCUGGGGAUGAUGCUCCCAGGAGGAAUGAUCUUGAACAGUGGCUAUUAGAGCACCCUGGCUUUGUGGCGGACACAGGAGCUUUUAUCCCUGGUGUGAAUAAGAUGCAAAUGCAGUUCCACUUCCAGGACGGGCGGCCCAAGCAGAAGAGGCACCGCUGCAGGAACCCCAACAAGAUUGAUGUGAACAGUCUGACAGGAGAGGAGAGGGUUCAGAUCAUCAACAGGAGAAAUGCCCGCAAGGUUGGUGGCGCCUUUGCUCCUCCUCUGAAGGAACUGUGUCGGUUCCUUCAGGAGAACCCCGAGUACGGAGUCCCACCUGAAUGGGCUGACGUGGUCAAACAGUCGGGUUACCUCCCAGAGAGCAUGUUUGACAGAAUCCUGACGGGACCCAUCGUUCCUGAGGAGGUGAGCCGGCGUGGGCGACGACCCAAGAAUCCUCUGGCCAAGGCAGCUGCAGCAGCGGCAGCCACAGCAGCGCCCAACCCAGCAGCCUCCACCCUGGGUCUGAACCCCCUGCUGGCCAACGGCCUCCUCUCUGGGAUGGACCUGACCAGCCUGCAGGCCUUCCAGCAAAACCUCCAGAGCUUACAGUCCCUGCAGCUCACCGCGGGCUUGAUGGGGCUGCCGUCCGACGCCAGCAACCUGGCUGCAAGUAACCUGGCGGCCAUGUUUCCCAUGAUGCUGUCUGGGAUGGCUGGAUUGCCAAACCUGAUUAGCAUGAGUAGCUUGCUUGGGAAGCCCCCUCAGGAGGGCGCAGGAAGCUCUGAGGAGAAGACAAAGGGAACCGCCAGCGGUGUAACAGCAGAGCCGUCUGCCUCUAAAGCCCCUCACACCUCAGACACCAAAGGAGAAAGGACAGAGGGGUCGAACACGACUCCUUCCUCCACUUCCAGCUCCUCUUCCUCUGCCACCGCCCCACAAAGUGCUUCAGCUGCCUCUGCAGCCUCCGGUCACCCACUGUCUCUUAACCCCUUGUUACUCUCCAGUAUGCUUUACCCAGGGAUGCUUCUCACUCCAGGCCUUAACCUUCCUGCGUCUACCACACAGCCGCAGAGCUCAAACAGUGACCCCACCCUUCCUCCCGCUCGUCCUCCUCCGCCUGCAGUCUCCCAGGAUUCGGCACAGGAGAUAGCGCGGCUAGUGGCAGAGAGGGACGGAGAAGAGGAUGACGAGGCAUUAGAAGACGAAGAAGACGACGAGGAGGACUCAGCAGAACAAAAGGAGAACAGUGGUCCUGAGGGUUCGGGGAAAGCUGAGUCAUCUUCAUCAGAUACUGGGAGCUCUUCUUCAUCAGAUGAUUCAGACUCUAGUGAUUAGGACUGAACCCAUGAAUAUAUAAUUAUAAAUUUAUUUAUGUAUCGCCUAGAAAUGUAUACAUAUAUUCACAUAUAUAUGGAUUUUCCAGCACUUAUGUUACGAUUUCUUUACAUGUAAAUACAAGAACUAACUAAAAUGUUGUGUAAUAAAGACUACAAAAACCUUACAAAAACAGGAAAAACUGACUUAAAAAGAACUGAAAUAAAAUUUCAGUGUUUUGUUCACAAGGUACACUCUUGUUUUGAGACAUUUUGCAUGUCAGACUUUAGUAGAUUUCUGAACUCUGUGAACCACAAUUAUGUACAAUUGCAACAAAAAAACGGCAUUAUUGUAAUUAUGUCAGGAUUUAAUUUUAUUAAAAAAGUGAAACUACAUCAACAUGCUCGUUGAGCUGUACUAUUAAUAUAUUUUGAUUGUCGGGGGCCGGGGGAAUGACUCUUGACGGACUCUUUGGUUUCUCUUGUAAAUAGUCGGUACUUUUACAGGUUCGUUGACACUUAUGCUUUGCAGAUCAUACGUUGGAUAUGUCAGCAAUAACUUGGGCAGCUAAUGAAUGUCACUGAAGCUGUAGAUUCACUGUCUGCCACGUUCCACGCCAGUGCACAAGUCACGCAGCCUCACUUACCUUCAUAUCACGUUGGGUUCGUUUCUGCAUCAGUUCACGUCGUUUUUGAAAACUGAAUUACCCGAAGCUCCUGCUUUAUUAUCGCUUUGAAUUGUGGGAAAAUGUGAAAGCAUUACUUAUUCAAUCAAACACACACACUUAACUCUGUCAAAAUGGAUCAUAGUUAAUUUCUCUGCUGUUAUUUCUUUUCUAAAAGUUUCAUUUCUCACAUUGAUAUCUAAUUUGAGAAUCUCCUCAUUUUCACCAUCACCUUACAAACAUGUCACAACAUGUCCAAGGCGCACUUUAGCUACUCUCACUUGGCGUACACGUUCACUUGCACAUCUGUUGGUUUGGACUACAGCGUCGGAGUCUAAUAAACGCCUCGAGCUGUGGGCAAAGAAAACAACCUUUUACUGUGUGCCAAAAAACUGCCCUUUGACCCUUUGAGGUCGUGACUUAGUUUCGUGGUCUCUAUGUGGAAGUAAUUCAGGAUUGUUGAUGACGUGGAUAUUAUUACUACAACCCCGGCAUAUUAAACUGCAUCUUACCUCAGCUAUGCUAGAUGGAUUGGCUUCAUUGUGCAGAUGUACACGUGCAUGGGUGUCUUUUUUUUUUUUUUUUUUUUUUUUGGCUGUCCAUGUACAUAAUGUCCUUGUCUCUGCUGGAAUGUGUGUGUCAGAGGCCUUUUUUUUCUUUUUACUGAGAGCUUCCACUGUGGUUUUUCUCUGGUUGGACUCCUCUCACCGGGUAUCUCCUGCCUCCAUAACAUUCCAGUCUGAAUGUUGUUUAUUUAGGAGGGCGCCUUGCAAACCUGUGACCAGUAGUCAAAAACAACUACUAACACAAGCGUUUUAGACCUUCAAACAUCUCAUUAGACAUUUAGGUGAAAUUACAGUUCUUUGGAUUCUGUGUCGCAUGACCACCUGUCUACCAAAGUUCUCACAACGUACGCAGCACAAGCACAAAAAUAGUUCAAAACCUUAGAAGCUAAGAUUGUAGUAAUUGUCAUCGUCGUUCAUUGAGUAUUACGUUUUACACAGUGCCAGACAGGUUCGCUUCAGGAAGGGCUAAAUAAUAGCAGCUUGUGUUGCUGGGAGUCUGCAGCUCGGUUGUGUGUGUUUCACUUUGUCCUGACUCCAUUCUGCUGAUGAAUGGAGCUUCAGCUAGAUGUAGAAGUGCCCUUAUCCUGUACCUCACGCUCUCAUUCAACUACUGUGUGUCUGACAGCUCAGAUUUGUCCGCAGUGUCCACGCUUGUGCAUUUUGUUCAUCGUCCCUGCACAUGUUCAUGUCCAGCUGUAACCAGGAUACACACAAACACUGGAGUUCGCUCAAACUGAAGUACCUUUUGUAAUUUUCUCUAGCACAACAGUGCUUGCUUUAGGACUGCUGUUACACAGUGGACUGUUAGAUACAAGUUUAAAAAAAGAAUAGAUUUAUUUUGUUUGGACUGGGUACAACAGAGAUCCCGCUGAAUGAACUCAGUCUAUUUAGUCCUUAAGUAUUGUUGUAGCAUUGUUCUGUAGUGGCUGAAACCAUGAGCAGCCUCGCAGUCUGAACACAAAGACUGAAGACCCGCAUUGAUUUCUAAUUUUGCUUUAAAGUGAUUUCCUUUUAUGCCUGUUAUAUAUACAUAUAGACCUCGUCAUGGGUUUUGCUUGCAAAUGCAUCACAUUUUUUUAUAUAUAUUAUUACUAACGGUACAAGUAUUUUUCUAUGUCUGAGCAUUGAACUUAAACAUGCCACUGUCAUUUUGUAUAUCUGCACCUCUGCUGACUUUUAACUCGUAGUGCCCUUAUGCAAACACCCAGCCAUUGCUACUUCUGCUGUAGGUGAUUGAUCUGAUGACUUUUGCUACUUUUUGUUGCUGUGCAGCGAUGGGUUUUAGGGGUUGAAGACCGUGCUGAGCCUAUUUAUUUAGGACACAAAUGGGGGGGGGGGAAGAAAAUUGUAGACGUAAGAUUGGACUUUUUGCUUUCAUUUUGCUUGUCUUUUAAUUUUUGUUACUAGGUUGUACUGUACAAAGACUCCCAAAGCUCUGCCAGUGCUAGAGAGACGGUGUUGAAUCUGCGUUAAACACAAGUAAACAAUGACCAAUAUGCAAGAGGAAUGACAAAACACACUACUGCUGUACAGGGAGGUUUUUUUUUUCCGUGUAAUCACUGAGAUGACAAAACUAGCAUCAUUGGUUUUGUAUUUUGAUUUCAAGCUUGAUAAUAUCCUAAUAUCCUGGUCAGUUGUUGUCUGUUUUUUUUUUUUCAUUGGACAGUUGUAAUAUUUGAAGUUGUGGUCUGUGUAGUCAAAAUAAUUCUUUAUGUAGUGCAGGAAAAUGCGUCUUAAAAGUCAUUUGUAAUUUAUUGGAUUACUUUCUAUGAAGUUCUAUAGAGGAAAUUUGAGGUUUAAUUAUUUUUAUUAAACAUAUUCUUCUGACUAUCAAUUGAGUGUGCCUUUGCCUGUUGCUUUGUCUGGGGCCUCGUUCAAAAAAAUCAUCAGUGCCGGGAACUUCAUGGCACUUGUGUUAUUACUCUUUUGCUCCGAUUUGUUUUCCACACUGGCACUCGGAAUGGAUUCAGUGGCUGUGUUCAGGAAAAGGCACAGAAACACAUUUUCUUGUGAGCCUGGAUUAAAGCAGUAUUUCUAAGCGUACAACUCUCCACUGAUAGAAAACAAACUGUACUUGCUUAUGUUGAUGUAACUAAACACUAAUGUAGAUUUUUUCUGUCCUACUUCUUGAAGUUGAAAUUGAUCCUCUUUUAAUCAAAGUGUUAGUUACAAAUAUCGCAAAAAG